UCGUUGCAGCGGACUCGAUCUUUUGUUGGAACGCACUCAUAGGGAAUAUACACUUGGAGUUCUUCGCACAUCUUCCGCGAGACGGAAAUGCUCCGCGGCAAGUGAUUGGCUGCCAUUGGCAUCUUCCCUCGUCACCACGACGUGUGCAACUUCGCGCCGGUUUCAUGGUUGAUCCCAUCUGUGUGUCGCGAGCAAUUUCGCGGCCAUCGGUUACUCGCUUGGGUCGUCAGUAGUUGCCAGACUAGCGAAUAUGGCUGGGAACAAUGGCACUGGUUAUUGAGCUAACUUUGCGUUCUGCUUGCGCUUGUCAACAAAGAGGUUUCCUCUGAUCGUGAACGAUCUGCGACACUUGCAUCAAGCACGGUGCAGACAAUAAUAUUAUGGCAACUGCUAUUCAAGAAAAUGGCAUGAAACCAUUAACCAAUAAACCAUUAAACCAUGUGGACAAUGUAAAUCGUGUAGACCAUAUUAAUAAUGUGGGCAAUGCUGACUCUACCACAGAUGACAAAGAUUUAUGUAAUGGACAACUUGAAUCUUACGUAAAUCCCGAGAUAGUGGCCGAGGCCGAAGCUUCCGAAGUUGCCGAAGAACCUGCGCUUGAUAUUGUUAUUAAUAAUGUAGUCUGUAGCUACAGUGUAAGAUGUCAUUUAAACCUGCGAGAAAUAGCACAAAGGGGAUCAAAUGUUGAAUACAGAAGAGAAAAUGCUAUGGUAACCAUGAAAUUGAGGAGGCCGUACACCACAGCAUCCAUUUGGUCAUCCGGCAAAGUAACUUGCACCGGUGCAACCAGUGAAGAACAAGCCAAAAUUGCAGCGCGAAAAUUUGCACGUUCCCUCCAAAAGCUUGGAUAUGAAGUGAGGUUCAGCAAUUACAGGGUUGUCAAUGUACUAGGAACUUGUUGCAUGCCAUUUGCUAUCAAGAUAACAUCAUUUUCAGUGUGUCACAAGGAAAAUGCUAGUUACGAGCCGGAAUUACAUCCUGGUGUUACAUAUAAGCUAAAAGAACCAAAAGCUACUCUGAAGAUAUUUUCUACGGGAAGCGUUACUGUAACUGCACCUAAUGUUGCUGCAGUCCAAACGGCAAUCGAACAUAUUUAUCCACUAGUCUACGAAUUUCGCAAGGAGCGAACACUGGAAGACGAGCUCACUCUAAAGAAACGCAAGUUGAGCAAAAAGGGUCAGGAUGAGUUCCUAGAUGACGAGCCGGAUAUGACGUAUGAAGCUGUAGUAUCCGACGUGGACGAGGAUGUGGAUAGCGACGCCAGUUGGGACUGAUCUGUUUUAUUUUAUCGCUCCACUGUUAAUUGUGAAACUGUUAUCUCUAUAUCUCGUUCUUUCACUAAUAGAUAUGCACUGCUCGAUGUACAAAAAAGUGUUAUUGCUAAAAGUGAAGUGAAACGUAAAUUUGUUUUUAUAGUGCAAGAACAAGUGUGUGGGUGUUAGGAAUACUGAAAAUGAAAUGAUGAACUUGAACAUGUGGACAAAGCGUACACAAAAGUACUCAAGUCAAGUGUAACAUGUAAAAUGAACUGAUCAUUCUAUAAAUGAUGUUUUGAAGUUGCUUUUGUUAGAAAAAUAUGAAGUUAUAAAUAUAAGUAUAAAUAUAUAUUUAAUAUAUAUAUAUAUAGUAUAUUAC